AACUACCUCACAACGAAAGAGCCAAUCGACCAGAGAGGACUUCGAGUCACCUCUUUCUUAAAUAUGUCGACCUGUAUGAAUAUGGCGCCGGUAGACGUAAAGGUAGCUGCCAAAGGAAAAACAGAAGAGAAAGUUGAAUGCGCUGUCUGUGGAGACAAAUCAACUGGGAAACACUACGGAGUCAGCACRUGCGAAGGCUGUAAAAGUUUCUUCAAGAGAACUGUUCGUAACAGCACAAGCUACACAUGUAGAGCGCAGGGGAGUUGCCAGAUUGACCGCCAUACUCGAAGCCGCUGCCCUGCUUGUAGGUUUCAAAAAUGUAUCGACACCGGAAUGAAGAAAGAAGCUGUCCAAACAACCAAGCUUCCCGCUUUUCCAAACUUCCAGUUUCCAUUUUACGGGGCGGACAUGAACGCCAUGUACACAGCACAGACCAUGUUUCCACUAACMGUCUUCCAAUCACCUUUUAACACACCAAUCACUUUUCCAAUGGGAAUGUUCCCUAUCAACCAGUCUCGUCCCGACGCUGCUUACGAACUGGCCGCUAAUGUCCUCUUCUCAAUGAUGGACUGGGCAAAGAAACUUACGACGUUCAACCAUCUACUUGAGAACGACCAAAUCACCCUGUUAAAAAUGGCUUGGAGCGAUCUUUUUCUUCUCGAGGCAGCCCGCAGUCCUCUUUCYAUGUAUGUACAGCAGAUGUACUCCACAAUCAAUGCGCAGCUUUCAAUGGAUGUGAUUCUAAAAAGGAUGGAAUACGCGAGACUGUUUCARGAGCAACAGGAGAGGAUACGYAACCUUGGMAUGGACAUGACGGAGCAUUUUCACCUUAAGUGUAUUGUGCUAUUUAGAGCUGAUGGAUCUCUGAUAACACAGCCAAGACAAGUCGAAGUCUUACAAGACACUUCUCAAAGUUCUCUGGAACAAUACAUCAGAACCCAGUACUCCAACCAGCCCACUCGGUUCGGUAAACUCCUACUGAUGCUCUCAACGUUAAGAAAAGUUGAGCCCGCAGUGAUUGAACAGCUGUUUUUUUCUGAUGUGUUGCGCGGUGCAUCGAUGGGGGAAGUUCUAAAAAAGAUGUUGUCAAAUGGCGUUACAAACACGACGUCCCUUGCUGCUUUAGCUAACAAAGAMACUGCGUAAAUGCACAAAGAAGACUUAAAAGUCGAGGUUUGUGUAUAGUGAUAGACAGAAACAUCUAGAAACAGGUUUUCUGUGAGACUACACGUGUACAUAUAGAACAGACUGGUCUUUUCAAAUCGUAAAUAUGGUCAUGUGUUAUGUCCCAAAAAAGAUAUUUUUAGUAGCAAGGACCAUAGUUAAUAAUAGAGUGMAAUGGUUUGGAAACCUUUUGUUGUACUUUUUGUACAUCUUUUGUAUUUGUUUGGACGGUUGAAUCAGUCAAGACCGUGCACAACGUUUUUCUUACGGACGAUGGAAAUUGCAAAAUGACUAACAUAAACACCCUCUAUGAAAUUAUGAAAUGAAAUAUUUCAAUAUUGAUURAAAUGUUUGUGCAUUUUGAAGAAAUAGUCAAAAGAAUAAUUUUCGCUUUGUUCAUUCAGGUGCCUGACCAGUAUGACUAAAACAAUAGUUAAACAAAUGAUUGUACACUGUCACGCUUGAAAAAAAGUGCACCAAAACCUACAACAAAAGGCUUCCUAACCAUUUCCCUCUCUACAAACUAUACAAAGACCUAUACAAUUACUCAUGAACUACUCAUGAACUACGUACUAGAUGUUCUCAAAAAACUAAAGACAUGGCAGCCGUAUUCAUGUGCAGAGAUCGAUAAUAGCCAAUGAGAAAUCUCGUCUUUAUUAAGGCCGCUUGAAAUUUCGUGGAAACUAAGAAUAAGUAUAUAAAAUGAGAGGGAGUACUAAGCAAUGAAGGAAGAGAGUUUGAGUAAUUAUUAACUAUUAUUGAUUAAUGUGUGAGUAUUCAUUAACCAGAUAAGAAGCACAGUGUUUGCAUUAUCUAAAGAUGAAAUACAAAAUAUAGWAGUUUGAGAAUUACGGUUCCUCACGGUUCAACUUUGUUCGAAUCUAAAUCAUUUAUUAGUGCAGCUUAGUUUAGAUCACCUCAAUCGACAAACACGCGUUUUUUUUGCAUUUUAUUGCUCAAGUUUCCUCAAGGGAAUUUAAAAAAAAACAAUGCAAAACGUAUUUUGGGGUGAUUGAAAAGAUUAUAUGUACACCAGUCAGCCCUUAAAGAAAAUUAAGGAUUGAAAGACUGCCUGAUGUUGUAAACAUAGUUUGAAAACGGUUUUGGAUAAUUUGUUUAACUAUUUUUAGUAUCCCGCCAAACUAUGAAUUCUAAUUCUCAUUCUCAUGUUUUUGUUAGACCUUUGUCGUAUCGAGUAAAGCGAAAAUAAAUCAAAACAAAUUGUCUAGAACAGUAUGCUCUUUUGUCAAAUUUAUGCUAUUAUUUGCUGGAUACCACAACAAUAUAUUAGACAAAUCUGUGUCGUGGAAUACGAGUUGAGAGUCUCGAUACCUAUUUGUUAAAUAACUUUACCAAGCUAUCUAUCCUCACAAAUGUGUCUUCAUUCAAUGAAGCUUCACGAUGAACAUUCAAACAAAAACGAUGUCAGACUAAAUGUAGCAUAGUUAUAUAGCUACAUAUUUUAAAAGAUACAGUGCUUUACUGUCAAUACAAAUAUGUUUUAUAUAGAAUAAUAUUUAUAAUAUAUAUCUAUAGGAUACAAAAACCAGUUAUAAUAUAUGCAUGWCUAUUAUUUCUAAAUUUCUGUAGCAUUUUGUAUAAAGAUUAGCAUAUGAAAAAAGAAUAAACAGGUAUAUACCACCAGUGCUAGUUAAGUCUUCUUUAAUU